AUGCCUCGUGUCGCCCAGAUGCCGCGCGCCAGCGCUGGCAGCAGAACCGCCUCCGGCUCCAUGGGGGAUUCCCCUUUCAAGUCAUCCGGCAUCAAAAUUCCCCUGAAUGACGACGUCUCCGAGAAGAAGGGCCGCUCGCAGCAGCGCCAGGCCCUGCAUGAGAAACAGAUCAACGACCUCCGAGCCGCAGCCGCCACCCCCUUGCGCAAGGCCAGCUUCCGCCUCUCCGAUGCCGAGAACCAGACGCCCGGCUCCAAGCAGGGCACCCCGCGCCGCGGGCCCGCCGGCGCUGGCGCUGCCGGCGCCCCAGCCGGCGACGACGACGACGUCCUCUACGUCGGCGGGAGCAGCGUCACGCCUAUGAAGCGCGUCCCCAUCCUGGCCAACUUCGAGGAGUGGAUGAAGAUGGCCACGGACAACAAGAUCAACGCCACCAACUCGUGGAACUUUGCCCUGAUCGACUACUUCCACGACAUGUCGCUCCUCAAGGAAGGCGACGGAGUCAACUUCCAGAGGGCCAGUUGCACCUUGGACGGCUGUGUAAAGAUCUACACGAGUCGAGUCGACAGCGUCGCCACCGAAACCGGCAAGCUGCUCAGCGGUCUUGCCGAUAGCAACAACAAGAAGAAGGACCGGGAAGGCGACGGCGACGAGAGCGAGGAGGAGGUGGACGAGGAUGGCAACGUCGUAAGGAGGAAGAAGCAGAAGCGACAACGCUCGUCUGAAGCGACCAUGGCUCCUUCCUUUGCCUCGUUGCAGCUGAAGAAACUAGAACUCGAAUUUGCCGUCGACCCCCUUUUCAAGAAGGCCUCGGCCGACUUCGAUGAGGGUGGCGCUAAAGGCCUGCUCCUCAACCACUUGAUGAUAGACGGCCAGGGCCGCAUCGUCUUUGACAGCAGUGAUGAUGCGAACGAUGCCUCGGCAGACGGCAUCAAGCCCAGGCGCCGCGAAGACGCCCUCGAGGAAGAUGAGGACAUGGUUGAUGUCGACGAAAAAGAUGCCACCAUCCUUGAGCAGGAAGAGGAGCCCGAGGAGGAGGUCGAGGUCGAUAUCGGUGCCCUUGGUGCCAAAUUCUUCCCCGACCUCAGCAUACUGGACGGCCAGGACAUCUGCCCCUCGCUAAAGACUUUCGACUUGGGCGACCCCUCGGGCUCCCUUGACGUUCCGUUCCUGCGUGCGGGAGAAGACUGGACACAGGACCAAGAUCCCGACGACGCCGAUGGGCAACGGGCAACUGGCGACAAUUCUGGCAUGUUCAUUGACGAAGACAACCCCCUGGGUUUUGAUGACAUGACGGCCAUGGGCGGGUUCGAUGUAGUCGAUGUCGCUUUUGGUGAGGGUGGUGAGGCGUGGGCGAAAGAGGCGGCUCUGGACCCCCAGAUGCGACCUUAUCACGCGGGUAAUGAAGACGACAUGGUCGGCGGCGAUGGCUCUGGGUUCGACGACGAGAACGGCGACUACGUUGUCCGCAUGAAUAUUGGCAAGGAGAGCGACAAGAUGCAUGAGGACAUCCUUGGCUACUUCGACCAGGCCCUGCAAAAGAACUGGGCCGGGCCCGAACACUGGAGGAUACGGAAGAUCAAGGAUGCCAGCAAGCAGGAUACCGCCACUCGCCCACGCAAGGAGAAGGAGCCUUUCGAGAUCGAUUUCGCCUCGCCUUUAGACACCAAGCUAGGCGAGCAGAUCUAUACUCAUGCCAGCAGCAACGCCGCCAUAUGCAUGCCAAAGAAGGAUUGGAAGUCCAAGACUAGGAAUCUUCUCCCAGACGACAAGCACUUCAACUCGAAGCAGUUGCUGAGCCUCUUCCUCAAGCCCAAGGCACGCCUGAGCAGCCGGAGACGCAUGAUUAGUAGAAAUGGCAUGUUCGGGAAUGCUGGUUAUCAGGCCAACGAACCCGAAGGCGAGAUGGACGAGGCCUUCUGGGCCAACAAGGAGCCACUCCAGAGCACGGAGCAGGAUGACACGGUUCUCCCCCAGGGUGACUACGACGCCAACUUCUUCGACGAUGAGAUGCCGCUACCUGGUGGUGGCCUGCUGGAUGACGAUGAUGACCUCGAGUUCGCUGACGCAAGGGAUCACUUUUCCCCAGGUGCCGAGCCACCUAUGACAGAGAACGUGGGCUUCACGGCGAUGCUGAAUGGCGGUCUUACUAUGGGCGGCUUCGGCACUCAGCUUGUGACAUCUACCCGCAGGUUACGACCGGAAUACGUCCAGUACGCCAGAGUAGCCAAGAAGGUCGACAUUAGGCGGCUGAAGGACGAGAUCUGGAAGCGCAUGGAUAUGGAGAAGCUUGACAGCGUCGACCGGACAAGACUACCUACACCGCCAGAGUCAUCCCCUAUGAAGCAGCCAUCGGCAGAUGACCCCGAGCUAAAGUUCACCGACGUCAUGAAUGAGCUGCAGGUUGUCUACCCCAAAACCGUUCUGGAUGACAUCUCCACCAGCUACUGUUUCAUCAGUCUGCUACACUUGGCAAACGAGAAGGGUUUGAUAAUCGAGAACACGCCUGAGCUCAUGGAGCUGAACAUUCGGAAAGACUGGUCAGCAGAGGCGAUGGAGGAGGGCUAG